AUGCUCUCAAAAGCUAGACCACCAAAUAGAUUUGAAUACGACCUCCAAGCCGAAACCCAGUCACACUGCGAAUUACUUCAUCGAAUACAGAUAACGCAGCAGCAGCCGCGUCGAGGCGUGUCGCCACGGUGGACCACGGACGUCUCAAACGUAACGAAGAAGCGUCGGUACGGGCGGCCAUAUGAAAGAGCACUCAAGGAGUGUAACCCUUGCUUCUUCUUCCACAACAUCUGCCAAGCACCUCCUAGUGGGAGGUACAUCACCAACUUGUUUGUCAAGCGCAGCAUCUUGCAAUUCUUCUUUCAAAUGCCAGCCCUUCCUGCUGACCUGUCGCUCUGGCGUGGUGUAGAUCUAGAGACCACUGACAGACCCAUCCAGCGUGCGCCAGAGCAGAACAAUGGCCUUGAUCAAGCUCGCGAACGCAUCCGCGCACUCCAGAACAGCGCAGCCCAAACUGCAGCUCAGAACGCAGCCCAGAAUGCAGUACAUGAGGCUGCGCAAGCUGCGAUUACGCUGCGGCUGGAGGAUGCCGAGAAGCGAUUGGCUGCACAACAGGAAGAGAACGUGCACAAUAAGACGAGGCUGUCCGAGGCUCGAGAGAGUUCAGCGGGGCAACUCGCGCAAAUUCAACAUUACCAGAAGAGAAUUGAUGAACUUGAGACUGUAGAGAGAAAUCGCAUGCGGGAAGAGUCGCGACAACAGUUGGAAUUGGCUGAGAAGCUUCGUCAGAGUCAGCAGACGAUAGAGACUCUUGAAAGGACAAUUGCAGAUCACGAAUCUGCUCGCGAAAUGCAGGUCGUGCUCGCAAAGCAGCACCAAGAUCAACGAGGGAUGGCAGACGAAUUAGAGAAAUGUCGCUUGAUGAUCGCAGAAUUCGAGCGUAGGAUCUCGGAGUAUAAGUCUGAGAGUGAUAGAAGAUAUCAAUGCCGGAGCAAUGUCUCAAGGCUUCCAAGAAAGAGUUGCCGAAUUAGAGCUCGCUAGUCAACGGCAGGCCGAAGACCUAAGGAACUCCAAGGAAGUGGCCACUAUCAAGGGCAGGACCUUGGAUAUGAUACUUGCAAAGAUCAAGGAGACCAGAGAAGGAGUGGAGAAGAUGAGUACAGCCUUCUCAGGACGACUCCAGCUUGAGCCGAACUAUGAAGACGGUGAUUGCGAGACGAUCCAUUCGGAUGAACUUCAAAUUGAAGAUCUGCCUUCGGCGGAGGCGCAAUUUGAUGAGAUUGAGGACCUGAAAAAGUCGAUCGCCAAGUUCAUUGCUCUCUAUAGCCAGAACAGCCUAGCGCAUGAUGAAAAUGCUCGCGUGAAGAUUCUCGAGUGGCAGAAGCUGGUCCCGG